AUGGGUGGUAAACCCUCUCAAAUCUCGAUUCAUACUAGUGAGAAAUCUGCUGAUUUUAUUAAUAGCACUAAAAAGGAAACUGAUAUCACAAGCUAUAAUGAAUCCAUCAUCUCUGAAUCGGAGGAGGCAGAAGAGUCUGCGAAUAACCCCUUUUUGAACGAAAAGUUUAAGGAAAAAUAUAUUAGAUUAUAUGAAGAUACCAGAUAUGAGUGCCGUUCAAGUCUUGAUGCUAAUUUCAAAUGGACCAAACAAGAGCAACGGAGGAUAACCUGGAAACUAGAUUUAACUGUGACCCUUAUGGCAUGUUUUUUCUUUGUUUCCUUGAAUAUGGAUAGGGGGAACCUAGCUCAAGCGGUAUCUGAUAAUAUGUUGAAAGAUUUGAAAAUGACAACAAAUAAUUACAACACUGGUAAUACUAUUUUUUAUGUUUGCUUUUUAGCUGCUGAGUUGCCAUCCCAAUUAAUUUCUAAAAGGUUGGGUGCUGAUGUCUGGAUUCCGAUUCAAAUGACAUUAUGGUCAAUAGUUACCAUUUGUCAGUUUAAGCUUGGUGGUAGGCACAGUUUUUAUGCAUGCCGUGCUUUGCUAGGUUUAUGUGAAGGCGGAUUUAUCCCUGAUCUUAUAUUGUGGCUUUCUUAUUUUUACACUUCUGCUGAACUAUCCAUUAGAUUGUCUUUCUUCUGGACUGCCAUGUACUUCACCAAAAUCAUAAACUAUUUAAUUGCCUAUGGAAUUUUACACAUGAGAGGUGUUCGAGGACAUGCAGGCUGGCAAUGGCUUUUCUUGAUUGAAGGUUUAUUGACUCUUGUCGUUGGUAUCUCCGCCUUUUUUUUGAUGGUUCCUUCUCCAGUUCAAACGAAAAAACCAUGGAACCCAAAAGGUUGGUUUACAGAGAGGGAGGAAAAAAUUGUUGUCAAUAAAGUCCUUAGAGAUGAUCCAACAAAGGGUGAUAUGCAUAACAGGCAAGGGUUAAACCUCAAGAUGUUAGUUGAAGCCAUUAGUGACUGGCAUCUCUGGCCAAUUUACUUUAUUGGACUCAUUGCAUAUAUACCAGAAAACACAAUUGAAAGUUAUAUGACUUUGCUCCUUAGAGACAUGGGAUUCAGCACCUUCCAUACAAAUUUGCUUUGUAUCCCUUACAAUUUUCUGAGAAUUAUCAUGCUAUUAUUGACAACAUGGUUGAGUGAGAGAGUCACCAAUAUAUUUGGGACUGCUCUAAUUCAACCGUUAUGGACAAGCGUUUGCAUUGGAGUCUUGAGGUUCUGGAGUGGAAACUUUUACGAGAAAUGGCAGACAUAUGCCUUGUUAACAGUGUUUUUGUCUGUUCCUUAUAUUCAUGCAAUGAUGGUCUCGGCAACUUCCAGAAAUUCAAAGAGUAUCAAGACUAGAACUGUUGGAUCCUCUCUAUACAAUAUGUUUGUCCAGACUGGUUCUAUUAUCUCGUCAAACAUCUAUCGUACAGACGAUAAACCUCUUUAUCACAAAGGUAACUCUGUAUUAUUUGCUUUUGCUUUGCUUAUGUUUCCAACAUUAAUUGCAACUAAAUAUUUCUACCGUCGCUUAAACUCAAAACGGGAUGAGAUUUGGAACAACAUGUCAGAUCAAGAACGUGAUGAAUAUAUUGCGACAACUACAGAUAAAUAUUCUAGCCGUCUAGAUUUUAGGUAUGCCCAUUGA